AUGACUUUGAAACCUUCGCCGCAGCCGUGUGGAACGAUGAAUCGCUCAAUUGUUGUCGCUGUCGACUAUGGCACUACUUUUUCGGGAGUCGCGUGGGCUCAGACUGCUAGACCAGACAUUCAGACCACUAUCAUCCAAUGGCCAGAUACUGAGGGUUCACUUGAAGGCGCAACAAGUGACAAAGUUCCUACAGAACUUGCAGGUCAUGGCCGCAAUCGCAAAUGGGGCUUCGGAAUCGCAGACGACGCGAGCCGGCACCAAUGGUUCAAGCUCGGGCUUGAUCCAAACCAGGAAUCGGACGUGAUCUCCUAUCUGACCUUGAAUUAUCCUGAUCCAAAAGCUCUUCCGCCAUCUUAUGACAGCUCCCGAGAGGCCGUCGUGCUGACAACCGACUAUCUCCAAUGUCUACGCAAACAUACUUCAAAAAUCCUGAGAUUGAGAUUAGGAGAUGGAGUGGUUGAUACCACGCCGAUUCGCUACAUCAUCACUGUGCCUGCCAUCUGGGACGAUGCCGCUAAAGCGCGAACUCAGCAAUGCGCUAAGACCGCUGGCAUGGGGGAGGAUAUUCGAGUCAUCUCGGAGCCGGAAGCAGCUGUUGUGCAUGCACUUGAUGCCCUUGAUCCACACAAUCUCAAACCCGGUGAUACCUUCGUGCUUUGCGAUGCGGGAGGCGGCACGGUUGAUCUCAUAUCUUAUUCUGUCGUCAGUCUCGAUCCGAAAGUCCAGAUCCGAGAAGCUGUAGCUGGUUCUGGAGAAGCAUGUGGCAGUACCUUCUUGAAUCGUAUUUUUCGACAAUAUCUCGAAAAUGAAUUCGGUGAUAGCGAAGGCUAUGGUGACGAUACCUUGGAAGAAGCUCUCAAGGAUUUCGAAAACAAUGCCAAACGCAAGUUCACUGGCGAUGGGAAUGUCAUCAUUCGUGUCACAGGCCUAGCCGACGAUCCCGCAAGAGGUGUCAAACGCGGCAAGUUGACUAUCACCAACGAAAAGAUGCAAGCCUUGUUCGAGCCUGUCAUGAGCACCAUUACCAUGCUUGUCAAGAACCAGCUCAAACAUACAAAGCAAGCCAAGGCGGUGAUCCUUGUUGGAGGCUUCGGACAGUCACCCUAUCUGCGGAAGAAUAUCCAAAGAGUGGUGGGAAACGUGGAAGUCUUGCAACCUGCUCACGGAUGGACUGCUGUUGUUCGUGGUGCCUUGAAGCGAGCUCUCAAUGAAGAUGCCCCAGACACGUGCCGAAUCCAGCUUGCGCUGCGUGUAGCUCGGAAAGCCUAUGGAAUCCGCGUCCGCCGUCCUUUCAAUGCUCACUUGCAUGAUACCUCAAGAAAGCAUUUCGAUGAAUACAGUGGUCGAUAUCAUAUCACUAUCAUGGACUGGUUUGUCAAACAGGGAGAUGAAAUCGAUCAAGAUAUGCCGCUUACCUUGAAUUAUUACACGACAAAGCGUGUCUCGAGCGGACCGCUCAGCUACCAUUCGACAGAGCUGUUUUCCUUCGCCCCUUCCAGUGAGGACGAGCCACCCUUGUACUCCAACAGCGCGAUGAAAAAGCUGGUACUCCUUGAAGCCAACCUGUCUCCCAUCGCCAGAUCCAUCAUUCCGAUCGACAAAGGCAUGGACGGACUGGAUUACUACGUCCUUUCAUUCCAAAUCAAGGUCAAAUUCUUCUCCGCUCAUACCCAAUACUCGUUGUGGUACAAGGGAGUAGAGUACGGCAACGUCAAGGCUGAAUAUGUUUGAAAGUCGUACAGAAGACGUCAAGCACAAGAUUAAAGUUGGCAGGCAUGAACUUGCUGCGAACCACCCUAGCCUGAAACUCACUGUGUGUGGCGGUGUCACGUUGUCCACGAGGACCGCGGAUGUUGGAGACCGAAGGGAGAGAUCAUUGUACGUUGGAAAGGGAUUCACAUACUGGAUAAUUGCUUGUUCAAAACGUCAAGCUGCGUUGAAGUGAUGCAGAAAAGGCAUCUUUGAAGAUCUCCGACGGCAAAAACUUGGAUCCGACAGAAGCUAGAAAAGAUCAAUCGUAACAGGAAAGCUGCUUCUGCAAUAUGAGUCUCACAAUCUGCUCGCCGGUGUCACGAGGAGAUAUGUU